AUUGUCAACAGAUGAUUGUGCAAGGAAUCAGAAUGAAGUUUUUUAAUCUUUAAAUUACCUUGAGCAAAGUACCGGAAAUACGUCAAUGAACAUUGAUCUUUCCGCUAUCUUGGUUUGAUAAUGCUACUAUACUAAAUUACUUGUACAAAUCUAAUAAUCAUUGGAUUAUUUUUAAUUAUACAUUUGAUUCUCACUACCCCUUUUCCUGAGACUAUUAAACCGUGUUUCUAAUGUUUUCCAUGGGGUAACCUGUUGGUGGUAACAAUGCUGUCUGGAGUCUGACUUGUGCUCUAUGGUAUAACGCAGCAGUCAGUCGUUAUGGUAUCCAAUGGUAUCAUUCACAAUCAUAUAGCACAGCAGCGCGUACAGCGCUGGCGCAGCGUAUAGCGUAAUUUCGAUCACGGAGCUGACGGAUGAUGAGCAGUCUUGCUAGAAUCCUUAGAGCAUGCUUCGAAUUGGAAGUGAGAGAGAACUGUUGAAAAGUGGUAAUGGAAUGCUGAGGAAGGAAGGGUAAAGGGCAGUUUAUAGGUUAGAUAGUGUGGUACACCACCUACAACUUCGAGGGACAUGGGUCAUAAACAUAGUCAUGUAGGAGAGCCAACGUCAGAUCAUGCUACUCGACGUUCAAUAUCUGAUCGACCGCUUGCUACUUCUCGAAUGCCACAAAUUGAGGGAUUAGUAAAGAUCUUGACUAAGAAAACUUUAGGGGAAAAAAGUGCCAGUGGGAUUGCAGCAGAAAUAUUUGCAAAGUAUGUGUUUCCACCAUAUCAAGAUCUUGGCGAGAGGUUAUUUAUGUAUUUUGCUCAUCUUAUGCAUUCAGAACAUGAAAAUAUUUUGAGUGCAAAAAAUUUUGCUGUGGCAAUGGAGAAUUUCUUUACAUCACAAAUACAGGAUGAACUUCAGUUGGAUACGUACUUAAAGCUAUACGGUGAAUCAGAUUGGAUGAACAUAACCCCAACUGGAUUUCGUAAAUUGAUGCUUAUUGCUUAUACAAUUGCUGUUGAUCAUUAUUCUGGUGGACCAGCCAGUUGUAAAUAUUAUUCCAGAACAAUUAAUGCUGUUGUCGAUGCUGUUUUUCAUCACAAGACAAGUCUUUCACAAUCUUAUGUAAGCCAAUGGAUUUUGCAAAAUUGUCCUAGGCUUACUUACGGUUUACAUCGAUAUGUUCUUCAUACCUUGAGUACAUCAUAUCGCCGAGAAGGUGAAGAAUCUUCUGGUUUAGAAGCAAGUACACCAGUCCUGGAUGAAGAACCUGAUUUUUCCAGUGAUGAUAUUCUUCUGCCCUUGUCUGAGGUGUGGUUAUUAGCAGUUUCUCUCCCAGAGUUGUACACACGCCCUUCCUCUAGCCCAACACGUGCUACACCAAAUGGACUUUCUCCUCAGAGUGUAAUUGCAAAAAUGAUGGGUUCUGUAUGUCCUUCUCACUGGACCCUUUUGUACAGGAGUAGUGAAGAUGGUCUUGGUUCGAACAGAUUCAAUCACCAUGUUUUGCAUUAUCGAGGCCCUACAGUUAUGGUUAUUAAUUGUGAAAAUGACAUGCAGUACUGCAUAGCUUCUUCUAUGGAAUGGAGAGAGACACACCAAUAUUGGGGAGAUCAUAAUUGUGUAUUGUUACAGAUUCUUCCUGAAUUUCAUCGUUUAGCAGGUGGUGAGCCCAAACUCUUGUACUUCAAUGAAUCAAUUAGGGGCUAUCCUGUGGGUAUUAGAGUGGGCCCUGCACCUCAGCGGCCAAUCCUUGAGGUGAAUGCUGACUUUACACAUGUAAUUCAUCAAGGUGCUCCGUACAGUCUCAUUGAAUUACAAGUGUGGGGAUGUGGUUCAGAACAACUUAGGGAAGCCCAAUUAGAUGUCAAAAGAUUGCAGAUCAAAGAUGCAGAGAAAGCCCGUAAAGUAAAAAUUAACCCAGAAGAUUGGGUUGACAAUCCAGAUCGCUACCUCUUGGAGCUUGCUGGGCACCCAACAUUUGCUCGUGAAAAUCCCCGUCACUCAUCCAUGGAUGAAGGUUCCUCCAGAAACCAAGGACAGCGACAUUCUUAGCAUUGAAGUGUAGAAGUACUUUGGAAUGAAAAGUAAAUUGUUGUGUCUGCUCAUUGUAAUAUAAAGGGUUUACUAUUAUGUACUGAAAUAUUUACAGUUAUUAUUAUACUUCAUUGAAAACAACACACGAUCUUUGAUCAUAUCUGAAGAAUUGUACUUUACUUUGUUAAGGCUUCGUUAGCUUUUGGAAAGACAAAUUAAUGCAGUCAGCAUGCAGUUUCACUACUUAAUGUUUUAAAUAGUAAUUUUAUUGUGGAUAUUAUAUGUUGAAAAUGUUUCUAGUUUCCAAAGCUUUUAAUGACUUGUGAUGUUGUUAGAACGGUUCUGUAAUUAAUUGUUCUUUUUAUUAAAUGAUAAAUGGAAGUACUAUGCCUUUUAAGUGAAGUUGGUUUGAACAUUGUUGUGUGAUUUUUGCUGUUUGU